GUAAAAUUGGUUGUAACAUUCAAAGCAUGUGAAGAAUCAUACUAGACCAUACUUAUGGAUUAUCCACUUACUUUAAUAGUAUAGUACUUGAUAGCACCCAAAUGAUUACAUACAAAAAAAAAAAAAAAAAAACUUAAAAGGGGCAAGUUGAGAAUCCAAUGGUAGAGCUUAGAUCAAUCAAUGAUGAGAAUACAGCUCUCUAUCAUCAUCAUCUUCUUCUUGCCAAGCUUUGAAAGCUGCAGCUCAGAAGACAAAACUACCCUCCUCAAAAUCAAGAUAUCCCUAAACAACCCUCAAAUCCUCAAUUCUUGGGAUCCACGCACCGACUGCUGCAAUGACUGGAUCGGCGUGGAGUGCACACACCGCCGCAUCACCGGUCUCACCGUCGCCGCCGGGGACGUCGUUGGUCAUAUAGCGGAGGAGAUCGGCGACCUCCGUGACCUCGUUAUCCUUGACUGGAGCAGUCUAUAUCGUCUCAGAGGAACUAUUCCACGCUCCAUCACCAAGCUCAAAAAUCUUACUUACCUCCGGUUUAGGGUAACCGAACUCUCCGGUCCAAUCCCUGAAUACAUCAGUGAGCUUCAAAACGUAACGUUCUUGGACCUCUCCUUUAACCGGUUUAACGGCUCAAUACCCGGUUCGAUUUCCCUUAUGCCGAAGCUUGAGGCCGUACAGCUCAAUCGUAAUAAGUUAACCGGUUCUAUACCGGAAUCGUUCGGUUCUUUUGUAGGAAAGGUCCCGGAUCUCUACUUGGGUAAUAAUCGCCUCUCAGGAAAAAUUCCAAAGUCGUUAUCCAAAUCCGACUUCAACACUCUGAGUUUGUCAGGAAACAAAUUAAGUGGAGAUGCUUCGAUGUUUUUUGGACGUAACAAAACAACCGUAACACUGGACUUGUCUAGGAACAACUUCCACUUCAAUCUCUCAAAGGUGAAAUUAGCCAAGAGCUUGGUGUCACUGGACCUUAGCCAUAACCGUAUUUUCGGAGAGCUUCCUUUGGAGCUGACCAAUCUCCGUCUUGAUCAUUUCAACGUAAGUUUCAACCGUCUCUGUGGAUCUACCCCACAGGGCGGUCGGCUCCAGUCCUUCGAGGUCUACGAAUUCUCUAACAACCUCUGCCUAUGUGGUACGCCACUCGAACGUUGUUAGCCUAUCAACUGGAAAUUAAAUACGUUUUGAAAACGUCUUAUGAAUUUUUUAUUAAUCAUGCAUGCAUUUU